AUGUCAACGUUUCGAAAUAAACCAUUGAAUCAAUCCAAAGUUGUUUCUUUGAUAAACCGAAACCAUUUCUUAUUUAUCGGAUUACCAUUAAUUUUAUCAAUUACAAUUGGUUCAUAUGGAUUAAGCUAUUUAACACAAACCAGAUAUGAUAUUCAAAAAAUGAAAACUAAAAAGUUGGAAAAAGAAGAAUUGCUUCAAAUAAAUAAUAAUAAAAAGAGAUUUAAUUUACAAGAGGAAUAUUGGAAUUUGCUUGCAGAGAAAGAUUUAGAUGAUUGGGAAAAUAAGAGAUUGGAAAGGCAAAAUGGACAGUUUGAUGGAAUUUUAAGAUAA